UAAAAAGAGUUACGCCACCUCGACGUUUUAUGUUUUGAUUCUGGAACAACAGUAACUCGCGUGUUUGCUAGUUUACUGGCGUGAUCUUACACUAAUCGCGUGUAACCAACAUGCUUCUUUUUUGUCCCACCUGUGGAAAUGUUUUGAUCGUCGAAGAGGGCCAGAAGUGCCUGAGAUUUGCAUGUAACACUUGUCCCUACAUACACAACGUCACGAGAAAGGUGAACAACAGAAAGUAUCCCAAGUUAAAGGAGGUGGAUGACGUUCUGGGUGGAGCUGCUGCUUGGGAAAACGUGGAUUCCACUGCUGAAACCUGUCCAAAGUGUGGGCAUGCUCGAGCAUAUUUCAUGCAGAUUCAGACCAGAUCCGCAGAUGAACCCAUGACCACUUUCUACAAAUGCUGCAAUAUCCAAUGCGGACAUAGAUGGAGAGAUUAAAAGAAUAUUUCUCACUUAGACAUUUUAUUUAACCCACAUUGCGGAUCAGUAAUCAUAUGUAAAAAAUAAAUAAUUUCUCCAAAUCAC